UCCGGGACGAGCCAACACACCAGUGUGUUUUUUUUCUACCUUAACUCCUUGCUGCCAAACAACCAUGAGCUCACAAAUUCAUCAGAAUUAUUCCACCCAGGUGGUGGCUGCGGUCAACCGCCUGGCCAACCUGCAUCUGCCGGCCGCCCACACCUACCUCUCUUUGGGCUUCUAUUUCUACCUGGAUCAUGUGGCUUUCGAGGGCAUGGGCCGCUUGUUCCGUGAGUUGGAAGAAGCAUCUCUAAAGUUGCAAAACAAGCGUGGUGGCCGCAUUCCCUUCCAGAACGUGCUGAAGCCAUCUCUGGCCUUGAAGAGGAGCCUGAACCAGGCCCUUUUGGAGCUGCCGGCCCUGAGUUCUACCCACACAGACCCGCAGCUCUGUGACUUCCUGGAGAACCACUUCCUGGGUGAGGAGGUGAAACUCAUCAAGAAGAUGGGUGAUCACCUGACUAUCCACAGGCUGGCCGGCCCCCAGGCUGGGCUGGGAGGGUAUCUCUUCAAAAGGCUCACCCUCAAGCACUGCUAG